CGCAGAGGGCAGGGCUGAGGUCGGGCAGGCAUUCGGUGUGUCCAGGACGCUUUCAUGUUUGCUGUUUCCAACAAUAGUAUCAUGCAAAGGUCAUCACGCGACACAGGUUUAUACUGUUAAAGGGACGAUAUGAGGCUGUUAUUUUCCAGCAGUGCUUACACCUUAGCCUGAGAGCAGAGUCUUUUGGUUCUUGGCACAAGGAUGUGACUCAACUGAGGGUGGUUCUGUACAUUAUGAAUGUGUGAAAUAGUUUGCUGGGGUUGAUGGCAGGUGGGUAAAUUUGCGCUCUUGUGGCCUUCCCUAAAGAUUUCAUGGGAGAACUUGAUAGGAUGAAAACUUCCUGCAUGUGAGUCCUAUUUCAGAUUUGAAGUUUACAUGAAUAUAAAACCUCCCAAGAAACACAGAAAAUGGGAUAAAGAUUAGAGUAAGCAUCAUGUGAUUGAGAUUUAACCCUAUAAGCCAUAAAACAUACUUUAAAGGAUCUCUCUAGCUAUAUAUUGAUAUACUGUGCUUUUAGGAUUUUCUUUCAUCCUCCCUUGUUACUAGUCCUUUGAAUUCCUUCUCACUUCCAUUAUAAUAGGUAUACAUAUAUUAUUUGCUUACUUUUCAGUGCUCUUUCUGUGUGUGUUGCAUUAUAUUUUUGGCAUAUAGUUAAAACCUUUAUUGAUGUGCACAAGGGACUGAAUUUGUCUAUGUGAAACUUUUAUUCUGACCUUUCCAGAUGUCUGAGUGAUGACCUUGUUAUUUUGUAGUAAGUUCUCCAGACAGAAGGUGGCACAAGGUUUAGUUAAGGCCCAUUUAACUCCUGGCAGGGCUGUGGUAGGCUGGGAGUUCAAACGGGGAACCGGUUCCUCUGGUUUCCUGCAAAUAGCAUUCCUGCAAAUAACAUUCCUGCAAUUCCUCCCCUCCAGUCCCCCUUCCUAACGCACUCUGGUAAGAAGUCCCACCACAAGGCUGAAACUCUUUAAUAAAGACAAAUAAAAGAGGCAAAGCCUCUCAUCCCACACUUACACAGCAGGUAGGCUUGUCGUCCGAAAUCUAAGGGAAAGGCCCAUUCCUGGUUGGAUGCCUCGCCUCUUCCCACAAGGGUAACUGAGUGCACACACAGGAGGUCCUGUUCUUAAUACUGUUGUAUUGAUGAUCUUGCUGGGGUUUUGUCUUGUUACUUACUCUCUAAGCCGAAUGACCACUGAACUUAUUUUCAUUUGUUAUACAUUUUCAAGUCCAACCUAGGUGCCUGGAUGCAGGAGUACAGCUCCUUAUGGAAUGGUAGUCACAGCCUCUGAAGCUAGGAGCCUUGCUUCCGACAAAAAAGCCUCUUCCAAGGAGGAGUGACCCCUGCUGUGGGGAGUUGUUUUCGCAUCUAAGUGUGAUUUUUGCUUCUGACAUGUUAUAGACUUUAGAAUAUGAGUAGAGCCACGAAGUCAUUGUGUGAUUAAGCUGAACACCAGGGAAUACACUGCCUUUGGCAUGAUGCUGCAGGAUUGUGGUGGUAAAGCUGAACAUCAGAGCUCCAAGAAUAAUAUUCACCAGGAUUGAUUCAAGGACUGUUUCAUCCUGCAAGAAUCAUUUAGCAAGAUCUGCAUAAACUUGUUCCUGAGUGCAAACAUGUCUGAGAUUGACUAUGAGAAGUUAGCUGAAAUCGAAUUGCAGAAAGAUGAAGCGGAAGAUACACAGUCAGAACUGGAGGAAACAUACGUGUCUCCACCACUUGAGGAUCCUGAAUUAAAUAUCAAUCACCCUUACUAUGAUGUUGCAAGACAUGGCAUCAUUCAGUUAGCAGGUGAUGACAAUUCUGGAAGGAAGGUGAUUACCUUCAGCUGCUGCCGUAUGCCCCCCUCCCAUCAGCUCAAUCACACCAGAUUACUUGAGUACUUAAAGUAUACUCUGGAUCAGUAUGUGGAGAAUGAUUAUACUGUUGUCUACUUUCACUAUGGCCUGAAGAGUCUGAAUAAACCAUCUCUGAAAUGGUUACAAACAGCCUACAAAGAAUUUGACAGGAAGUAUAAGAAAAACCUUAAAGCACUCUAUGUUGUACAUCCAACCAACUUCAUAAAAAUUCUGUGGAAUAUCUUUAAACCUCUUAUAAGCCAUAAGUUUGGGAAAAAAAUCACCUACUUGAACUAUUUAAGUGACCUGAGAGAACAUCUAAAAUAUGACCAGCUAAAUGUCCCUCAAGAAGUCAUCCGGCAUGAUGAAAAUCUUCGGAGGAAACAGAAGGGAAAACUGCCACCUGUGGUUAAGGUUCCUCCACCACGGCCACCUCUACCUACCCAGCAAUUUGGAGUCAGCCUGCAAUAUAUCAAGGACAAAAAUAAGGGUGAACUAAUUCCCCCAGUGAUGAAGGAAACUGUAUCCUACCUAAAAAGUAAAGGACUACAAGUAGAGGGCCUUUUCAGAAGGUCAGCCAGCAUCCAGACUAUCAAAGAUGUUCAGAAACUCUACAAUCAGGGCAAGUCUGUGAAUUUUGAUGAUUAUCAUGAUAUCCAUAUUCCUGCUGUUAUCCUAAAGACUUUCCUUAGGGAACUCCCUCAGCCAUUACUAACAUUUGAGUGUUAUGAUCAUGUCAUCGGAAUCACCAGUGUGGAGAGCAGUUUGCGAGUCACCAGAUGUAAACAAAUCGUUCAAGAACUGCCUGAACACAAUUACGUUGUUCUGAAAUACCUGAUAUGCUUUCUCCAUAUGGUUUCCCAGGAGAGCUUAUAUAACAGAAUGACAGCAUCCAGCCUGGCCUGUGUCUUUGGUUUGAAUUUGAUCUGGCCGUCGAAAGGAACAGCCUCCCUGAGUGCCCUGGUGCCUCUGAAUCUCUUCACCGAACUACUGAUAGAUUUCUACGCAAAUAUAUUCAACUCGCGAACAGUGCCUGGGGAGAUCUUACCUUGAUGCUUCCAGAAAGGAAAAUGGAGUAUGGCUGCCCGAGGGAAAGGUCUCCAUGCCUCAACUGGUGGGAACUUUAUAUUCAGGGCUCUCUGCUGCAGAGAAAAUUUUCAAUAAAGAAUAAAGUUUCUAUAGCUCUCCAAAUACCAAAGAUGUCGGAAGAAGCACAUUGCCCCAUAUAUUUCCAUCACAUGGAGGAGAAUAUGUAUAUGAACAUUCAAAGACUAGUACGUCAAAGUGAAUCCCCUUGUUAAACUUAAGUAGCAGACAAAAACUGGUAUGUCAAAAACAAUCACUUACACUAUGUUCCAGCCUGUCAUUUCUGUGAGGAUCUGGAGACCUUACUAUAUGAGAUUAUUUUCUGGGACUAUGCAGAGCUAAGUUCUGGAUCACUCCUGAAUUUACAGCUGCUUUAUUUUUUUAAUUUUUUUUUCUUUUUUGCUUGAAUACAAGUUUGUUAGAAAUUUCCCUGUUAAGCUAAUAAAGACUGAAUCAAUUUUUAAGAUACUAAAAUUUCUAAACUAUUUCUCCCUUUUAUUUAACUGUCUUGUUUUACAUCAAAAGGUGUGGGCAGUUGUGGCCCAUCAAGUUUGCAAUUACCAUGGAGAAUAAAGUGUUUCCUGGGUAAUCCGAGUUGUGCAGGCAGCUAACUAAUCAUGUUUGUAAAUGUCUAAUAUAUGCAGUUAAUCACUGUAGCUGCACAGGCAAAGUGUGUGGAAGUUUUUACUUAUUCAGAUGGGGAGCAAUAAUCCAUUUGGGUUUUUUCUCUAAAUACUUGGAAUUUUCAUUAGUGAGUUAUAUUGGUGAGUGCAUAAUGCAGAAUACAGACUAACUUUGAGAAGAUUACCCCUGAUAUUUGGGCUGCAUGCUUUUAUAGUUUGAGUUGAUGGAAAUUUGCUCUUUAAAUCAGUUUUUCUAGAAAGUAAUAAGAGCAACAACUUGGAUAAUAUACCUAAUAUCGUUUUUAUACAUUGAAAGUCUAUUAUUAGUCCCGAUGUGAAUAAUUAGCCAACAUAAAGGGAGAAUUUUCAGUGUUUUCUUUCUAACUAUGCCAUUAAUAUUGCUUGUAUUUGAUGAACUCUAACAAACGGCUAUUUCAUUGUUUAACGCUGAUUGGUAAUGGGGUGAUGUAACAAAGUUAUCAUUAUCAUUGCCUGCAGAGCAAAAGAGAAUUAACCAGUGGUUAAAAAAGGUAAGUGGUAUUUUCGCUAAUGCUCUGGUCUUCCUGCUUCUGUGCAAAGCUAAUGAAACAGAGCGACUAUUUAGACUUCUGCAAAAGUAAUAGUUUCAGGAGGACAAUUUACGCAUCCUCUUCUCUUCGAACACUCAGCCACUUUUUAUCCUAUAGGUUCUAGCAAGUUGAGGGUUUAUACUUCUGGCCUUCCUCUUAGCAGUUGUUACAAAUUGCCUGUCUGUAAAGGGUGCAGCAAAAUCUUAUUGCAGGGGGUAAAGAGUAUUCAUUCUUGUCAGCAGUUUCAGGAAGUAACCAAGUAUUCAGAAGGCUGUGGAAUGCUGGAUGUGCCAGGCCUUCAUUUGCCCAGUAGGUGUCAUCUAUAGCAUUAAGCAAUUAUUAAAAUUUGAAAAAUACGGAGGCUUUAGAACAAGAUGUGUCAGGACCAACUUCUCACAUCACGAUUGUGUUUUUUCCCCCAGUUCUUCCAGUGUUUUAAAGACAACUUCUUAGCUUUUGAAUAUCUGCAUGUAAGAAACACCCGUAACUCCCAUUUAAAUAUAAAAUCUUGCUAGUACAUGGAAGAAAAUUAACAAGUAUUCAUGAUUGUUGCAUUUCAGCAAAAUGAGAUUGCCAAGGAUAAAACUGUUGUAGUUUUGUAUUGUAACUCAUCAGUUUUAUAUCUGAGUUAUCAGUAACAGCAUCCUAGCCUUGCUGUGUUAUGAAAAACGAGCACUAUUAUGGUCAGCACAGCUCAGCAACUUGGUAGCAUGGUUCUGUGCAUCAGCACCCUGUUCUUAUAGGGGAGGAAUUUGGCCUCUGGGAAUUAAGAAAACUUGCAUAUUUAGCCACUUUCUGACUUUGGUCAAAACACACGUAUUAGUUUUGCUGUCUGCAAAAAGAAGGAGUACCUGGCAUUAGUAAAGUACUUUGGGAUUAAAUGCUGAUAAGUCCUAUGAAGUGGUUGUUCUCUAUUUCCCUGUGUCCUUCUCCAAAAAUCUGUCAGCAUCAAAUGGCAUUUAGUCUUUAGGCUAAUCUGCAUAAUAGGAAUGCGAGUCCUGGAUAGUUUUAACACAGUAACAUAUCAGAGCCCUGUGGGAUGAAGUGCUGAGUUCAUGGCAGUCAGCUUUGCUCAGUAAGUCCCCAGAGCAUGGGGACAGGGCUCCCUCUGGCAGUGCUGGUGAAGUGAGCCCUUGAGGCAUAGCUGCCUCUGACCCCUUUACUUCCACGAGUAAAGUGUACAAGCAAUGAGCAUCCUUUCAGCUCAUUUGCCUGACUGUAGACACACAAGAUGAUAGUUAAAACCAGAUUCACUCUUUUGGUAUUGGUCACGUGCUAAACCACAGGUUUUCUUAGGGCUUUAUAAUCUACCGUUUUCCAGCAAUUUAUAUCUCCUCUCAUUUAAUGAAUGAAGAACAAAAUGGCGUUUUCUCAUCUCAAGGUGCCUUUUUGCUUUAAAGAACAGAUAACAUCUGAUACCCACAAGUGUAGGCAAUUUGGUGCUGCUUAAGAAAAGCAGGGGCUCUGAUUCUGAUUGCCAUUAGCACUGGUGGGGGCUCCUCCUGCCUCCCCAGCAGGCAGAGUGAGACAGAAGUAAGGUACUCACCUCCACCCCAGCCUUUCCCUUCAAGCCUGCCCAUCAUCAGGAAGGGACUUCCCAAAAUCAAAGGCACCUGAGUAGCAAAACCCUCUAGCAAUGAGCCCCCAGUUCUGACCCCCUACCCCAAAGCAACUAGUGAAAUCCUCCAUCAGCAGCAGAAGCCCCAAAUAUCUGUCCUGAGUGCCAGACUUAACUAUGACAUUAAAUCAUCUCUCAUGAAUUAUUCAGAAGGGUUUGGAGUGAAAUUCAUGUUAGAGAAAUAUAUGUUUCGAAUUUCCUUACUCUAAGAGGAGUCCUGGAGGUGUCCCCUGCAGUUACUUUGAUAACAGUUUCUCUUUACAAAUGAUAAUUGCACGAUUCAAGCUUUUGUACAGUGUGGCCUUGUGAACUGUUCUCUCAUAUCAAAGAACAAUUUUCAGAUCAUUUCCAUAGCAAAAAGAAAGUGAUUAUGGAGAUAAUCUGUUGGAAACACACAUGCUGGAUUUCAGUUUAAAACAAUAAAAUGCAGUCAUGGAAUGAGAAAUCAAGUGUUACCUAGCUGACAAUAUACAGAGAAUAAAUUGCCUAAGCAUUUUAGUUUACUGAGCUGUUAGGAGUUGAAAAUUGGUCCCAAGAUUAGUCUGAUUAUCAGGAUGCCUCUAGCAACAAGCACCAAAGGGGAAAGGAAUACUUUUCUACCCUGAAUCUAUGAAGAAAUGUAAGAAGAUUGAACAAUGUCAUUAAUGAUGAAAGUCUUUUAAGUUCUUACAAAAAACUUCCAUAAAUGAGUAUCACUUACAUGUGUGCAGAUGAUCCAUCUGUGUCUGCUGCACUCCUCAAACAGCAUCCAUCGCAGAAUCUCUCAGAGCCUUGUAAACUUUAAUAUAUUCAUCCACACGUGAGGAGACUAACAAUAGUAAAGCCCCAGAUAUUCUAUUCACGUGUUCAAUUGUACUUAGGUAGCAAGUUGAACGUUUAAUGGGAUUGAUGGUACAGUCGCCCCCACUCCUUCACUUCCUGAAUAGUUUGUUCUUCACAACCCUGAAAAAUUUGGUUUGCCAAGACUCCCACUUUUCAGGUGGCUGUGGGGGUGUUGGGUCGUGGGGGAAGAAAGUCAGAGAGAGUUACUGCCAGCACCAGUCAUUUGUGAAGUGAGAAGCUGAUGUUCAGUUAAGGCUCUACUGGCCUACAUGUUCCUGUUCAUACUAUAUUAAUUUCUAACAUGUCGUAUUUGACAAAGGUAUGUCAGAAGCAAACGUACUCUGCUUUAAGUAGGCACACGUACAUGAAAGCCGAAGGGAGGACUGUGAGAAGGAUGUAAAUUGUGUGCUAAAUAAUACAUGUGGCUGGUGUGUGAAAGGUGUUCUGCCUUUCCCAGUGGAGUGAUACUCAUUUUCACAAUCCGAAGAGUUUGAUUUUUGUCUUUAUCCAUGCACAUCCUGGAAAGCUGUUUCAGUGUAUUACACCUAAGGCAGCCAAGGAUUCCAGUGUCCUCCAGCAACAUCUGAGGGCAGUGGAGGAUUGUAAUGGGGUACUAGAAAUGCUGUCUUCUUUCUUUCAAACUGGAAAGCUUGAAAAAGGACUGCGUUACGGAUGAGAUUUCUUUGUGGUUAGAUUGGGGGAUUUGCACAGUGAGCUGGAGACUAAGAAGGAAACUUUCAGAUACAAGCAGGAAAAAAGCCCUUUUCCACUAGUGGGCCUAUCAGUACCUACGAACCGUCUCCCAGAAUUGUCACUGAGGGAAGAGAGUCUUGAUUUGCCUCUCUGAGAUGAGAUACACAAACUCAUGAUGGUGCACAAGCUCUGUUUCUUCCUAACUGGGGUCUGUUGCCUCUAGUGCUAGGAAAGCCAUGGUAAUUGCACACAGUAAGGACCGUAGCCCUACUAUCUUGGCUAUUCCUCUCUAGAAUAGCUGGCAGAAGUUCAGCCUUAAAAAUAAUUAAUUGAUUGGAAAAAUAUUUCUGCUCGAACAUGCCAACUCAACAAAAAAUAAAAGCAUUUUCUUCAAAGGCUUAGUUUUGGUGCCAUUCUUUCCAAAAUCGUGAAGUUCUUCCAGAAAGCCACUUGUGUGCCCUGAGCCGCAGACUGCCCCCCUCACCCAGGGCAUGGCUCUGGCUCUGCCAGCCUCUGUGGUGCUACAGAGCAGGAGGAAAGAGCACCACUGCUUCCCAUUCAUGGUCUGUUUUGAGAUGGUGUCACCUUUCUGCACACAGCAUUGCAAUGAUUGCGAGAGGCAAGGAGGGAAUUCUGCUGGAGCCGGGGGAGACGACACACAUAGCUGACUAAUCAUUAAAACUGAUUUUUUUUUCUGCAUCCUUGAUUUCUCCAUGGUGCAAUCAUCAUGCAGAAUCUGCUUUCCUGACUGGCAGUCUGCCUGUAGUCCCCAGAGCACCAGUUUGUCACUCACAGGGUUAGGGCUUACACUUACAGUCGGGAGCAGGCUGAAUCUAAUGUCUGACCAAGAUGCUUGUAAAGGUGAAAUGGCAGACUGUGAUGUGGAAACAUGCAUCUCUGAAACAUAGCCUAGUGCGCUACUUGCUUCAUUUUCUUUUGUUUCGGUCCUCAAAAACUUACCCACUUAAGCUACUGCUAGCCCAGACACCAAUGCCAGCCUCUUUAAACCUCAAGUCAGGAUUUCUAUCUUUUGAGUU